AGUCUCUUUGCAUAUCGACAAAUCUUAGGUUAGAGUGGAUUGUGGUAUAAUUAAUAAUUGUAAAAAUACGGUAUAUUGUUUGUAUAUGUUUAUAUCGUUUACAAAUGUAAAAAUACAAUAAUUAUAUUAUUUUAUUUUGAAAUAAAAUUGAAGUAUUAAAUAAAGUGGUCGAUUGUAUUGAAUAUAUUUUUCUAAAUACACCUUGGAUCAUAUGCAAAAAGUUAUCUUAAAGUGAUAGUGACACUUAAAAUUUAAGUGUUAAUGGACAAUUAAUAGAUCAAAUCAAUUUGUCAACGGUAUUACAUUUUGUAUACCAAAUAAUACUUAGUAAAGACAAAUAACAACAAUUACAUUAUCUAAAAAUCUGAACUAUUUUAUGAAGGAAGUGACCUCUUUAUAUAGAAUAUAAACACUUUUGUUUACAUUGAAUUAAACAAAGUUUUGUAACAACAAUGGUAUUAUUUCUUUUAAUGAUUAAACGGAAUGCUUGAUAUUUAAUGAAAGAAUAUACCUGUAUAUUCUUUUAAAAAAUUUUGAAAAUAUUUAAUAACAAUAAAAGGAAGAGGGCAAAUGAAAUUUUUAUAAAUUUGAAAAGAUUAUCUAAUAUUUAAAGAACAAUGUCAAAACAUUGCGAUAUAUGUUCAAUGCACUUUCAAGAUGAGUAUGCCUUGCAAGGUCACCUUGCAGGUAAAAAGCAUUUGAAGAAAUUUCAACAAGUUGAAAUCAAUGAAAGAUCAAUUGUUGUGUCACCAUUACCAAAAUUUAUUCCAUCACGUGGGCUUAUAGAUUAUUUUCAACAAUAUGGUACUAUUAAGUGGUAUCAGUUUGGUCCGAGUUAUCUUAUUAUUGAAUUUUGUGACAGAAGCUCAGCAGAAGUUCUGUUAAAUAAACCUAUUUGGAUAAAUAAUGUUAAGUUGAAGAUAAAAAAGAGAAGAGCAUUCAAGGGGAAACCUAAACCGAUGAAACAAAAUACUCCCAUUGAAAACAAUGGUGUAAUAAAUUAUGAUAAUAUAAAACACCUAUUUGAGGGAGAAGCUACAUUUGAAAAUCAGUUAACAAUGUUUUUAAACGCUGUACAACUUACCGAUUUCGAAAUAGAAACACGAUACGAAACUGUUUGUACGCAUCUAGAUAAAAUAUUCAAAGUGAUAUUUCCAAAAUGUAAAACAUACAAGUUUGGUUCGACUCAAACUGGGCUAGGUUUUAAAGAAUGUGAUUUAGAUAUAUAUAUGGACAUUGGUGAACCGAUAUGUGAAAGCGAAAGUGCGUCGCCGGAUGUGUGGACCAUGCAAAAGAUUUUUAAAGAAGUGAAAAAAGUUAUGUACGGAAUGAACUGUGCUUUCUCCGAUAUAAUAGCGAUUCCAAAAGCUAAGACGCCUAUUAUAAAAUUUUGUUACGUUCGAACAAACGUUUCUUGUGAUAUAUCGUUUAAAAAUAGUUUGGGUAUAUAUAAAAGUAAUUUGAUAAAGUAUUAUAUUUCUCUUGAUGACAGAUUGAGACCAUUAAUGAUGCUCAUUAAAUACUGGGCAAAACAUUUUAAAAUAUCAUGUUCAGGGAAGAUAUCCAAUUAUGCUUUGAUUUUAUUAAUUAUUUUUUAUUUACAACAACCGUCGGUUAACAUUAUUCCUCCCUUAAUGGAGCUUCAGAAAACUUGUCAACCACAAAUUCUAAAUGGAUGGCAAAUGAAUUUUGAUGAAAAUAUAGCACUACCACCAGUUUUAAAUGAGAAUAGUAUUCCAGAACUUCUGCACGGCUUCUUUUUUUUCUAUGCAACUUUUGAUUUUAAAUCCAAGGUGAUAUGCCCAAUCGACGGAACGAUACACACAGAAUCGGAAUUUACAGAUAUAGAAAAUUUACCGUCCUGUAUGGAUAGGUAUAAAGCGUGUGUAAAAGAGAAUGAAAAUCUUAAGUUUACUGCUAACAGACCAAUGUGUGUCCAAGAUCCUAUAGAACUAAGUCAUAAUGUUACAAUGGGCAUACAUUUUCCAACACUGAGCAUUUUUGUUAAGUACUGCGCAAUUGGUGCUGAAAUUUGCACGGCGACUAGUAAAAAUGAUUACAGGGAUCUAAUGAAAACUUUGCUUACUACAACUUUAAAUAAGAAUUCUCCUGAGAAUAAAUUUAAAAUUUCAAUUCCUCUGAAUCAUUUGCAGCAUAUCAAAUCAAAGAGUAUAGAUACAUGUACAAAUGAAACGACAAAAUUGACAGAGGGUAGUUGGUACCCUAUUGUUUGUAACGUGAUAAAAGAUAUUUUUGAGAAAGUUUUUAAGGUGCAGGUUGAACUUCUUACCGAUGACGUGGAAGCGAAGCAACAGAAAGUUGAUAUUUUGUCAGAUGUACAUACAGAAAAGUAUCAGACAAUUAAAUUUCACUGUGUUGGAUCUCAUUGUGUUUGGCGUAACAGAAAAAUUAACAGUGUUGUUUUAAAUCCAAGUUUAAGUUGCUUGCAAAAAGAAGCCCUUAUAUCGGAGCAAGCAAUUGAAGAUAGUAAUAAACACAAACCACUUAACAAAGUACACUUAGAUUUUAUAUGUGUAAUUGAAAAGAAAGAUCACGCAAAAGUUUCGGUAAUUGUAAUUAAUCAGAAUUGCGACGAUCGUGUUUUUCGGGAAUUUAAACACUUUGUAGUAAAGAAAUUAUCAGAAAUAACGACACGAACAUUGAUGUACAUACAACAAUUCAACAAGUUUUAAAUUGAGAGGGUAAGGUGGACCUAAAUACAAUUCCGGACCAAAGGUAAAUUUCUUUAUCCAGAUACCUUUAGGUCAACAGUCAGGUCUGUUAUACUUGCGAUAUAAAAGUAAAACAUUCAAAAUUUUUAUAAUUUCACAUAUAUGGUAUAUACUUAUAUAUAUUUUAUACAGUGUGAUGACGAAUAUAA